CCCUGUUUUCCGACACCGAGGGCGAGACGCCGUCGCGACAGCCGCCCGACAAAAUGAGCAGCACGCUCAAGGAGCUGAAAGAGCGGUCGCAACGGAGGAAGCUGCUCCUCGCCCAGACCUUCGGGGUUUCAAACGCUGCCGAGUUAAGGCAGGCUCUCGGGACGUCUGUGGAAGAACCGCCAAAGAAGAAAGUCAAAGCAGCGCCUACGCCAAUUGACCAAGCUAAGGAGAAGGAAGAAGAGAGCGAUGGUGUUGUUUACAAAGACUCUUCAACCUUCCUCAAAGGAACACAAUCGUCAAACCCUCAUAAUGACUAUUGCCAACACUUCGUCGACACUGGGCAACGCCCUCAAAACUUCAUCAGGGAUGUCGGCCUCGCUGAUAGGUUCGAGGAAUAUCCCAAGCUAAGGGAAUUAAUAAAAUUAAAGGAUGAUCUCAUCGCUCAAACUGCAACGCCUCCAAUGUUUUUAAAAUGCGACCUUGAAACGUUUAGCAUGAAAGACUUGAAUGUGAAAUUUGACGUGAUACUCGUAGAACCUCCUUUGGAAGAAUACCAGAGGACGAUGGGCGUCACAAAUACAAAACUCUGGAGCUGGGAACAGGUUAUGGAAUUGGAUAUAGGAGAAGUAGCGGCAUCUAGGUCAUUUGUUUUUCUUUGGUGUGGUUCAUCAGAAGGUUUAGACAUGGGCAGGGCCUGUCUCCGAAAGUGGGGUUUCCGACGAUGUGAGGAUAUCUCAUGGAUUCGGACAAACAUCAACAACCCAGGUCAUAGUAAAAACCUGGAGCCCAAGGCUAUCUUCCAAAGAACCAAGGAACACUGCUUGAUGGGUAUUAAAGGGACUGUGCGACGUUCAACAGAUGGUGACUACAUCCAUGCAAAUGUUGAUAUCGAUUUGAUCAUAAGUGAAGAACCUGAGUAUGGCUCUUUAGAAAAGCCUGUAGAAAUCUUUCAUAUCAUCGAACACUUCUGUCUCGGCAGGAGGAGGCUGCACAUUUUUGGAAGAGACAGCACUAUCCGACCGGGUUGGCUCACAUUAGGCCCAGAUUUGACGAACAGCAAUUUCAACUGGGAGGUUUACUCGAGCUACUUUACCCUUUCAACACUCACGACGGGCUGUACCGAGAGGAUCGAAGCCCUUAGGCCUAAGUCCCCACCUCCGAAGCUCGGAAAACAGAGAGCCAAUUAUCCAAGAACGAGGCCAAGGCAAAGAUAGCGAUCAUCGAGGAAAUACCUGUCAGUACAAAUUUAUUGAAUUGAACUACUGUAUAUUAACGGUGUAUAUAAUAUUUUCAAAUGUAUUUAAAAAAUGUAAAGU